AUGACAGUGAAUGUCUCAACUUGCGAUAAAAUUCCUCAUCACCCUUAUUCUUAUGUCUCUUCUGGCUUGCUCUUGAGUCAUGGAUUGUCAUGGUUGGAAAGGCUUACUGAACUUAGGUUUCUUGCACUGGAUGGGGUUGAUCUUUCCAUUGCGUCAUCUGCAAAGGGUAAAGAUUGGGCUGAGCCCAUAUCGCUUUUGUCCAAGCUCCAGGUACUGAGACUUUCUAAUUGUAAAAUUUCAGGUCCAAUUCCAGUUACUCAUCUCCUCAACCUCACAUCUCUCUCUUCUUUAUAUCUUAAUUUUAACAUGUUUUUCUCCGCAAUCCCACCUCAGCUUGUGAAUCUCACUUUUCUUUCAAACUUGCAUAUUACCAAUUCCCGUGUUCGAUGUUCCAGUCCACAACAUCCUCAGAUACAUGAGCUCCUUGCUGGUGAUAAUAGUGAUCUGUCAAUAGAUCUUCCUCACUUGUUUGAUCUUCCAUGGCCAUUUUUGCGAAUCCUUGACCUUUCAUUCUGCAAUACUAGUGGGAUUAUGUCAAACAGUAUGGGAAAUAUCUCUUCUCUGGUGUUGCUCUCACUAUCAAGCAACAACAUUCAAGGACCCAUUCCUCCAUACCUGACAAAACUCUCAAACUUUAAGAGUACAUAUACCUACCUCUCCUUUAAUAGCUUAACGGGAGCAAUUCCUUCAUCUAUUUCCAAUAUUGGGAACCUGCAAGCACUAGACUUAUAUCAGAAUAACCUUGUAGGCCAAAUUCCCCAGAUUAUAUGUGGUCUCACCUCUUUGCAAAUAUUAAUCCUUGCAUACAACAAAUUUAGUGAAAUAAUUCCUAGUUGCAUGGGUAACUUCACGAGGCUAGAACCCUUUGAUGUCUGUUACAACUCCUUAGAAGGCAAUGUUUCUCUCCCAUCUUUGUUCGACAAUUCUAGUCCUACACGAGUUGGGAUCGCUUUUAAUGGUUUAACAGUAAGCACAGAUCAUAUGGAGAUGCCAACAUCCUUUCAGCCAAGUAUGUUGUGGUUAUCUUCAUGCAAUCUACAAGGAAAAAUUGCAGACUUCAUCUCUAAAUUGAAAAAUAUCCAAGUGCUCUACUUGGCGAACAAUAGCCUGACUGGGAACAUUCCUUCUUGGCUAUGGCAACUUCCAAGACUGUCCACUUUGGACCUCUCUAACAAUAAAAUCUCUACGGAACCCUUCCACCUUCUUUCAGUCUUGCAAUGUCAUACACACUUUCAGGUCUGA